AUCCAUCACUUUCUAUAAACCAUUGAUCAACAUUGGAACAUAGAGAACAUUUUCUUUACUUUAAAGUUAGAUAUUUUCUUUUUUACUAAACUUUAAAGUUAGAUAUUCAAUGUGAUUUAUACUUGCCCGCUAACCAUUUGAAUUUGCCUAUAUGUUCAAAUUUAUAUAUAACAUGGCCCAAUAGAAUAUGAACAUUAUAGCUAAGUAAUUAAUCAAUUUCAAUGGAGAAAUUUGGAAUACAUAUGCUUUUUUUAUUCUUUCUUUUGAUUCUCACAAAACAGCUAAGUUCCAAUGCUUUUAUUAACAGUAUGGCUGAUGAGGAGGUACUAAAUGAAGACCAAAAUCAUGUCCAAGAAAUUAUCACAAGUUAUGAUAGUGAAGCAAUGUUGGAGAUGGAAGAGGAUGAAUGGCAAAUGGUGGGGAAGAAAGGAAACCAAUUUGUGGUGAAUGAUCAACCAUUCUAUAUAAAUGGAUUCAACACAUACUGGUUGAUGGUUUUUGCUGCAGAUGACUCCACCAAAGGAAAAGUCACUGAGGUCUUCAAACAAGCUUCCUCAUUUGGUAUGACAGUUUGUAGGACUUGGGCUUUCAAUGAUGGUCAAUGGAGAGCCCUACAGAAAUCCCCUUCAGUUUAUGAUGAAGACAUCUUCAAGGCAUUGGACUUUGUGGUAAGUGAAGCAAGGAAAUACAAAAUCAGGUUGAUAUUAUCAUUGGCAAACAAUUGGGAAGCAUAUGGUGGAAAAGCACAGUAUGUGAAAUGGGGCAAAGAGGCUGGCCUAAACUUGACAUCUGAUGAUGACUUCUUCUCACAUUCAACCCUUAGAAGCUACUAUAAGGCCCAUGUUAAGACUGUGCUCAAUAGAGUUAAUACAUUCACAAAUAUCACUUAUAAGGAAGAUCCUACAAUUUUUGCAUGGGAGUUGAUGAAUGAGCCUAGAUGCAACUCAGAUCCCACUGGUGAUACCUUACAGGAUUGGAUACAAGAAAUGGCAUUUCAUGUGAAGAAAAUUGAUCCAAAACAUUUGGUUGAGAUUGGACUAGAAGGAUUUUAUGGUCCCUCAACACCUCAUAGACUUCAAUUCAAUCCAAAUACAUAUGCUCAGCAGGUUGGAACUGAUUUUAUCAGGAACCAUCAAGUUCUUGGUGUGGACUUUGCUUCUGUUCAUAUGUAUGCUGACUCUUGGGUUUCACCACAAAUUGCUGAUACACAUAUCCCAUUUGUAAUAUCAUGGAUGGAGGCACACAUAGAGGAUGCUGAAAAGUAUCUCGGAAUGCCGGUUGUUUUUACCGAGUUUGGCGUAUCUUCAAAGGAUCCCGGCUACAAUUCAUCAUAUAGAGACACACUAAUAAGCACAGUUUACAGUUCAAUCCUAAACUCAACAAAGAAAGGAGGGAGUGGUGCAGGAUGCCUUUUGUGGCAAGUUUUUCCUGAAGAUACAGAUAAUAUGGAUGAUGGUUAUGCUAUUGUUUUGUCAAAGUCUCCUUCAACUUCAAGUAUUGUAUCUCUUCAUUCUUAUAGGCUUAAUUUGUUCAACACUUUGUGUUCUUCCAAAUGCAAUUGGAGUUGUAAGAAGAAGAAAAUGUUGGAGAAGAUACUAUAUCAUGAUGAACUCUAACUUAUGCAAAGUUUUCAAUUGUAAAGCUAUGGCCAUAUAAAACCAUGCAUGUAUAAAUAUGUGAUUAAGAUUAACCAUAUCAUUAUGUUUGUAUUAACUUCCUUUAUGUGAUUAA